CCUGGAGGCAGGAAGGCAACCCGCUCCUGCCAUUGGAGGGGGUGGGGCGACCGGAGGGGACGAGCGAGCGAGCGAGCAGGCGCUCUCCCCCCUCCAGCAACAGCCUCCCCUCCUUCUCCGAGGCGCAAAAGGCUUCCCCUCUCUCCCUCCCCCUGGAGCGUCCCUCACCUGUACCUUCCCGCCCUCCGGCUCACCUGCCGCUCCCCCCCGCCUCUCUCAUCCCGCAUCCCUUCUUGAUGGGCUCCCUUCCCUCCCGCCUCGUCCUCUCGCGUCCUCCGCCACUCCGCCGAGCCCAACAACUUGGUCCGCGUUGCUUGUGUUGAGUGCGUGCGCCUCUGUGUGAGUGUGUGCGUGUGUGUUGUGGGGGGGGAGCACUUUGGAAGGUGGAUCUAUUCCAAGCCGCUCAGAACUUCGCCCCUUUGGACCACGCCGACCGCCUCCCCCAGCCCUUGGCUGCUCUCCGGCUCACCCCUCUUGCUCCUCCAACACCCCCACCCCCACCCCAAGAACGACCCUUCAAUAUGGAUGUAAGAUUUUAUCCAGCCGCAUCUGGAAGCUCCCUUCCUGGAGACCCUUCCAGUCUGGACUUUGCCCAGUGUUUGGGUUACUACAGCUACAACAAGUUUGGCAACAACAAUAACUAUAUGAAUAUGGCAGAAGCAAAUAAUGCAUUUUUUGCGGCAAAUGAGCAAACAUUCCAUACUCCAAGUCUUGGAGAUGAAGAGUUUGAGAUUCCACCAAUUACACCCCCACCUGAACUGGAUCCCACUAAUUUAGGGAUGGCUGAUGUUCUCCUGCCUUUUCAAGGCCUAAGUGAUCAGUUGGUGGCUCAAGGAAACGAGUUCACCCCUCAGUUUCCACCACAAAGCUUGGAUCUUCCUUCCAUUACAGUAUCUCGAAACCUGGUGGACCAAGAUGGUAUUAUCCAAAGCAAUGGAUUACAUAUGGAUCACACUCAUACAGAUAUGCCUCAGUAUCGCCAGGACCAUUCUUUGAUUAUGAGAUCUGUUGUCCACAUGACUGAAGCCACUCGUUCAGGAAUUAUGCCUCCUAAUCAGCUUACUACUAUUAACCAAUCCCAGCUAAGUGCUCAACUGGGAUUAAAUCUAGGGGGUACCAAUUUGCCACACACAUCUCCUUCCCCUCCUGCAAGUAAAUCAGCAACUCCCUCGCCGUCCAGUUCUAUAAAUGAAGAAGAUGCUGAUGAUCCCAACAGAGCUGCUGGAGAGAAAAGAGCUGCACCAGAUUCUAGCAAGAAGCCCAAAACUCCAAAGAAAAAGAAAAAGAAAGACCCUAACGAACCACAGAAGCCGGUGUCCGCAUAUGCCCUGUUCUUCAGGGACACGCAAGCAGCAAUUAAAGGCCAGAACCCGAACGCUACCUUUGGAGAGGUUUCAAAAAUUGUGGCUUCUAUGUGGGAUAGCUUAGGAGAAGAGCAAAAACAGGUAUAUAAAAGGAAAACGGAAGCCGCCAAGAAGGAAUACCUGAAGGCCCUCGCGGCUUACAGAGCUAGCUUGGUUUCCAAGGCUGCCGCUGAGUCAGCUGAAGCCCAGACGAUCCGGUCCGUCCAGCAGACUCUGGCCUCUACAAAUUUGUCCUCUUCCUUGCUUCUGAAUGCCCCUCUUGCACAACAUGCAACUGUGGUCACAUCCCCUCAGACUCUUCAGCAAUCUCUUCCCAGGGCCAUUGCCCCCAAGCCUUUAACCAUGAGGCUGCCUGUGAAUCCAAUAGUUGCCCCCAUCACCGUUGCCCCCAGCGUGCCCACAAACAUUUCCACCUCGCUCAUCAGCCCCAUGGCGACCAACAUGGCGGGCGCGCCAGCACCCACCUCCUCCCAGGCCAGCCCUUCCUUGCAGAGCCAGCAACACCAGAUCCAUCAGCUGCAGCUGCAGCAACAGCAAAUGCAGCAGCAGCAGCUCCACCAGCAGCAGCUCCACCAGCAGAUUCAGCAGCAGAUGCAGCAGCAGCAUUUCCAGCACCACAUGCAGCAGCAGCUGCAGCAGCUGCAGCUCCAGCAGAUGCAUCAACAGCAGCUCCAGCAGAUGCAGCACCAGUCACAGCCUUCUCCUCAGCAGCAUUCCCCGGCUCCCUCGCAGAUCACCUCUCCCAUCUCUGCCAUCAGCAGCCCGCCACCAGCCAGCCAGCCCCACCAGCCCCAAAUACAAGGCCAGACGCAGACUCAGCUUUUAUCGCAGGCCAGUAUUUUCUGAAGACGCACGAGCCGACGGCGCUCUGCGUUACGGGCGAAGCCAAGCCGUGAAUCAUCCAGAAACUGUGCAUCGCUGAUGGGUCGUUAUGCAGGGAGGCAUAACACAUAAAGUGAAUUCUAAGCUGUCUAUUAGAUAGGCAAUAAAGAACUACAGUGUAGCUGGGUAUAAUCCUUUAGCGGAAUUAUAAAUAUUUGUUUCCCAGGUUUUCUUCCCCCUGUUUUUCCCCUUUUUCUUUUGCUCUU